AUGCCUAGGGAAAGGGAGAACAGCGAUACAUCGGGCGCCCCCGGCCAAUCAAAACGGCCGCCAUUGAACCACCACGACAGCGGCUCUUCCCAAGCCGGCGGCGAUCAAACAGGCAAUGGCAGUAGCACCCAUCACCACCGCCCAAAGGGGCCCAAGCACGUAGUCGGUGGCUCACGACUGCACGGAAAAGUCCCCUCCUCCAAAGGCCUACACAAACACCAUGGCUCGACCUCCAUGGUAAAGCUGAAUCGUGCCAACACCGCGAACAGCACCCGACAAGGAGGAUCACCUACAUCGCCUGAUCGGCCUCCUUUUCUUGCGCAUGGCCACCGCCGCUCAACGUCCCAGGACCUCAUGACCGUCACUUCCAACCUCAAGAACACUUCUGCGACAGCGCUGAAGCGCAAUCGAUCGAAUGCCGACGUAGCUGGAAUCGGAAAAGGCAAGGCCAAGUCUGCAUCCAAUCUGCUCAAGCGGUCCUCAUCCAACCCCGCCGUCCACAAGCUCAAGGGCGAACAGCGACAUAGCAAGGUCCACUUUAACAUAGGGGACGACGGUCAGGACGAAGAGGAGGAUCAGGACGAGUGGGUAGACGCCAGCACAUCAGCCUCUCCUUUGCUGUCGCGACGCGGGUCGACAAUCAACGGUGCCGAGACAUCAAACGAGAAUCACCUGCACCCAUUGGCUUCCGCGGUACUGCCCCUAGGGCAGGGCGAUAACUCGCGAGUAGCAACACAGGUCCAAUAUCAGUUCCCUUCACAGCAGCAGCGUGUCCAGCCCAGUAGUAAUACUGUUGCCCCUGUCAGCAGUAUCUCACAGCAACAGCAACAACAGCGUGAGCAACAGCGGCAGGAACAACAGCAGCAACAACAGCAGCAACAACAGCAGCAACAACAACAGGAGGAACUACAACAGCAGAAGCGGCAGGAACAGCAGCUACGACAGCAACAACAGCAGCAGGAACGGCAACAAGUACAAGAGCAACAGCAAAAGCAACAAGCGCAACAAGCACAACAACCGUACAAACCGCCUACCAACAAGAACAGCAGUAGUCAGACUAGCAUUGCGCUUAGUAUUGCGCAUAGCACUACCAGCCUGACACAUAGCCAGCUUCUUACGGAACGGAUUCUCAAGCGAGUACCAUCCAUGAUUUCGGCGCCCAAGAUGUCGACAGAAAGCGUACAGGUCCAGUUAAACGUCUCACGGCCGACGUCUCCUGCUUCGUCGAUCCGUGCCUCCCAAGUUCGCCCAGGAAGCAGUGGAAGGGAGGAGCUACUCACCUCGCGGUUCGUCGGAGGCGAUGUUGGAUCUACUGGCAAUCCCAGUAACACUGGCGAAUCCUUUCUUACUAGUAUCAAAGCCACGGCAGAGAACGGUACCUUGCGAUCAAUGGGGAGUCUUGAACAUGCUGGCCAUCAAGGUUCCAAACCCGGGGCGGACUCGGAUGACGAAGGCGCAUCAGCUACAGAGAUCAGGAGAAUUACGCGAAGACGAAACGGCACCCAAACUAGUGUCUCGAGCGGCGUAUAUGGCAUUCCCAAGGAUCUAAACAGGACCCAACAGAAACUCAACCUCCAGCGAGCUAGCUCAACCCUGGACCAGCCACAUGUCCCACCUCACCACCCAGCCCUCGGCGUCAUGGGCGGCAUGCCACUAACCCCCGGCCUCCCGCUCAACGGAAACGGGUACGACAACCGCGAUACUCGCCUCACCAAAGUCCUCGAGCGCACCGGCAUGGAGUACCUCGUCGUCCGCCGCUACCAAAACCCCGUAGCCCGCUCCAUAGCACGUAUAGCUCAGUACCAGGCUCUUCAAAACGGGUCUCUAAACAUGAACGGCGGCGGUGGCGGCGGGCGCUCUUCCCGACCAGGAACUUCCCACUCCAAGCGCGGCUCCGAACUAGGUCUAGGCUUAGGUGGCCGCCCCAGUUUCCUCCGCGAUGGCAGAGAGGGACCAAGAGACUCCUUCCUCGCUCAGGCAACCAUCAACGCGAACCACCAGCACAGUCACAGCAACUCCAUGUCCGCCAUCCCCUCCAAGGCCGUCUCUGCUGCGGCCCGGUUUUCGGGAUUGGCUAGUGGGAUGGGGACCAGGGCUAAUAGUACCAGCUCUAGUCUUGAUGGUGAUGGAGACGGUGGGCCGGGACCGCAUGUGGGCAUGUUGAAUGGUGCCAAUGGUGCUCACGGGUCGAGUUCACGGCUGAGCGGAUCGAGUUUGGUGGACAGGAGCGAACAUGCGGAGACGCAGGCGAUUCUGAGGGCCUUGUGGGAUAAGAGUCUGGAUCUGAGCGCUAGCCAGGAAUAG